CCUCCCAGAAAGAAGAUACAAGGAGCUGCAGUGAUAGCUGAUACCGUGGAAGAGUCCUAACGGAUUACUUCGAGAAGACCGUCAUAAUCGAGCCUGACGCUGCCGUCACUCUCGGGGGAAGGGUGCCCACAACGCGCCCUCGUUCUCUGUGGGAACGAUGAUUCUGCGCAAAUUGUUCCCGGCUUUCCAGAAGGAGGCUUCCAAGAGCGAUGUUUACAUUUCCCCAAGGUACACGAGGCGGUGGGUGGGAUGCUCAUACUUUGGUGACCUGAAGGUGAAUAUGCCGGACUAUGUCACUGGCUCGCGAUUCUCUGUCUUUUUUCUAGUAUCGAUCGAGUCUUGUGGCGACAAGCUUCAAGUUAUUCAGGGGAUCGUAAACGGCGUCGAAGCCUUGUCCGAUGGGACUGCAAUCCGCUCAGUCUCCAAGAGUACAACGACGAUCCCAUGUGUACUGUUCGUAGAUUGUGCUGGUUCUUCUUCCAUUGGCAAAAAGUUAUUGCCUACGGCCUCCGACAAAUGGGGACCCAAUAAUCGCACAUCUCGUACAACCCAAAAGUUAGCUAUUAUGGCACGUCUGUUAAAUUGUCACAUGAAUCGCAAGAGAAAGUGUCAAGAUUAUUGCCCAAACAUCAUCAGCAGUUUGGACGAUGGGAUGACUGUACUAUCUUUGGAGCCUUUGCUUCAACGGCUGAGACCGGAAGAGACUGUUUCGGGUACCAGGGAAUCAAUGGGGAUCACCGUGCGUAUCGAGCGGUGGCAUACAAAUUUCCUUCUGUAUAGUAUUAUCUCCUUUCAGUGCUCCUUCAAUAUUCUUGAUCAGGGAUCCCGACACCUGUCCUGCGACCGUGGCCCAGUUUGCCGACCUAUGUCGUCAAUCGGUUGGCAAAGUCAUUCCAGAAAAGUACCGCUGCUGGGAUGAGUAGUUCUUUGAGGUACCGCGGAUUGCUGGAGAGAGCACGGACUUGCUUGCUUGAUGAACCCGCUAAAUAGAACAGUUAUACUUUGGGGAAAUUGAACUUGGGUUAGACGAAUCUGAUCGUGUAGCUCUGUGAACAGACGAG